GGUGACCCUGAGCCGCAAAGCUGCUGUCCACGUGGACGGGGGCCGACGUCACACGUCCACCUGCCAGGACUCCUGCGUCCAAACUCCGAGACAUGGCGGCCAAUGGCAGCAAGGUGGCUGACGGGCAGAUCUCCACGGAGGUCAGCGAGGCCCCCGUGGCCAACGACAAGCCCAAAACCCUGGUGGUCAAGGUGCAGAAGAAGGCGGGAGACCUUCCUGACCGGGACACGUGGAAGGGCCGCUUCGACUUUCUCAUGUCCUGUGUGGGCUACGCCAUCGGCCUGGGCAACGUCUGGCGGUUCCCCUAUCUCUGCGGGAAGAACGGCGGCGGGGCCUUCCUGAUCCCCUACUUCUUGACGCUCAUCUUUGCGGGGGUCCCGCUCUUCCUGCUGGAGUGCUCCCUGGGCCAGUACACCUCCAUCGGGGGCCUGGGGGUAUGGAAGCUAGCCCCCAUGUUCAAGGGUGUGGGCCUCGCCGCUGCUGUGCUGUCCUUCUGGCUCAACAUCUACUACAUCGUCAUCAUCUCCUGGGCCAUCUACUACCUGUACAACUCCUUCACCACGACGCUGCCGUGGAAGCAGUGUGACAACCCCUGGAACACAGACCGCUGCUUCUCCAACUACAGCAUCGCCAACACCACCAACAUGACCAGCGCCGUGGUGGAGUUCUGGGAGCGCAACAUGCAUCAGAUGACAGAUGGACUGGAUAAGCCAGGUCAGAUCCGCUGGCCCCUGGCCAUCACCCUGGCCAUUGCCUGGGUCCUCGUGUACUUCUGUAUCUGGAAGGGCGUUGGCUGGACUGGAAAGGUGGUCUACUUCUCAGCCACGUAUCCCUACAUCAUGUUGAUCAUCCUGUUCUUCCGUGGAGUGACGCUGCCCGGCGCCCGGGAGGGCAUCCUCUUCUACAUCACGCCCAACUUCCGCAAGCUGUCUGACUCAGAGGUGUGGCUGGACGCUGCUACCCAGAUCUUCUUCUCCUAUGGGCUGGGCCUGGGGUCCUUGAUUGCUCUGGGGAGCUACAACUCUUUCCACAACAAUGUGUACAGGGAUUCCAUCAUUGUCUGCUGCAUCAAUUCCUGCACCAGCAUGUUCGCAGGGUUUGUCAUCUUCUCCAUUGUGGGUUUCAUGGCCCAUGUCACCAAGAGGUCCAUUGCUGAUGUGGCAGCCUCAGGCCCUGGACUGGCCUUCUUGGCAUACCCAGAAGCUGUGACCCAGCUGCCCAUCUCUCCCCUCUGGGCCAUCCUCUUCUUCUCCAUGCUUCUGAUGCUGGGCAUUGACAGCCAGUUCUGCACCGUGGAGGGCUUCAUCACCGCCCUGGUGGACGAGUACCCCAGACUCCUCCGCAACCGCAGGGAGCUCUUCAUCGCUGCCGUCUGCAUCAUCUCUUACCUGAUUGGCCUGUCUAACAUCACCCAGGGGGGCAUUUAUGUCUUCAAGCUGUUUGAUUACUACUCUGCCAGUGGCAUGAGCCUGCUGUUCCUCGUUUUCUUUGAAUGUGUCUCCAUUUCUUGGUUUUACGGUGUUAACCGAUUCUAUGACAACAUCCAAGAGAUGGUCGGCUCCCGGCCCUGCAUCUGGUGGAAGCUCUGCUGGUCCUUCUUCACCCCGAUCAUCGUGGCGGGUGUGUUCAUUUUCAGCGCAGUGCAGAUGACUCCUCUCACCAUGGGGAGCUAUGUUUUCCCCAAAUGGGGCCAGGGCGUGGGCUGGCUCAUGGCUCUGUCUUCCAUGGUCCUCAUCCCCGGGUACAUGGCCUACAUGUUCCUCACCUUAAAGGGCUCCCUGAAGCAGCGCAUCCAGGUCAUGAUCCAGCCCAGCGAAGACAUCGUGCGCCCCGAGAAUGGUCCGGAGCAGCCCCAGGCCAGUGGCUCAGCCAGCAAAGAGGCCUACAUCUAGGGGUGUGGGGCGGCCCGCCGAGCCGGCACUCUCACCCCCCACCUGGCUGCAGUGACCACCACUUGAUGUCUGAAGAUACCGUCUGUCUCAACCUACCUCGAGUGGCGAGUCCAGACACCAUCACCACGCAGAGAGGGGAGGUGGGGGACAGUCACACCCCGGUGGGCCCCGCCACAGACAGGGAUGCACCCUCGGGCUGGUGACCUUUUCAAUUCAGGCCCCGUAGGCAUCAAGCAAUCGGCCUUUGUGACUGCCAAGUAGAUCAUUUUAUCCCGCCAGUGAGCGUGACUCGGCGAGGCCGCACGCUCCGGCUUUUAGUCGUGUUCCCGACUGUUCUUUUACUGCCGAAACCCAUGACUGUUACCUUGGACUUUGCAGGAGUUUAGUUCUGAUGGAACCUACUCUGUGCACAUGGAAAGGGCGUUUUGUAUAACGGGAUUCCCGGGGGGAGCUUUCUCUCCAGCAGCAAGGGGCCAGCCGAAGCUUAGCCGGAUUUUCUUUUCGUGGUUUUCUCCUUCCCGAGGCAGCUUGACAAAACCACGCCCCAGGACCUCAGUCGGCCCCCCAGGGCUGCUGCCCCAGCCCUCUGCACCCCACUGGGCUGCGUGUGCAGCUCUGGCCCGGCUGCCCCCGCCUUGCCAGGCUGUUAUGGGGUCCCUGGCCUAGUCGCCACCCUUUCAGCAGCGCCCCGCCACCAGGAAGCUGCCAUGAGCACAAUCGAGCUUUCAGAUGGCCGUUCUGGGGGCCUGGGGGUCCAUGGGGAUAUUCCCUCAACAGGAGCCCGUUUCUCACAGGCUGUCCAGUUCUGUUGGUGUCAGGUAUCCUUCGGGCUCCCUCUUCUCCCUCACUGCCGCCCCUGGUCAAAGCUGCCACUUCUCACCUUCUCGAAAUUCCGCAGCUGGCAGCUGCUCGCUCACUGCCACUGGAGUCUACCCAGCCUACUAACUGAGGAGCGAGCAUGAACCCCCCAAAUGCUGCUGAGAUGAAACCCCUUCCGCGGGAAGCACUGUCUCUUCCUUUCUGGAAUCGGGCUCUGCGGUGUCGGGAGCAAAUAGGGUGAAGGCCGUUCCUUGCAAGCUGCAGGAACUCAGUGUUCUCAUUCGCCGGGAAGAUGGGUUCCCAUGUAGCAAACCCUAUGUUUUCCCCUGUAGCUCCUUAGCUAGUUAGCUCACAAGCUGUGUUUUAUGACUAAUCCUUAAUAACGAUGGUGAAUAACUGUGACUGUUUUUUAAUCUCUUGUCAUUCUCAUCUGAAAGUGACCAGCACACACCAGUUCUUGCAAUAAGGUAUCACCCUCAGAAUAUUAAGCACAUUAUCGUAGAGGAUAAAUCCCACAAAGUACGUGUACCCAUGUAGCUGCACACACCUGUAUUUUCAUCCUCACACGUGGUAGACAUGUCUCCUCUGCUAUUGUGUAGGAAACCUAAGGCGUCAUCUGUGGUCAUCUGUAAAAUAGUCUCAUUGCUAAAGCAUCCCCAGUGCCAGCUGGUAAAUCCAUGAUCACACAGCGUAUGUAUUGUUCAAUUCUAGCGUUUAGAAUGAAAAGAACCCUAUCUCACGGCCCCACCCCCAUCCUGUGUGAAUUCCUCUAGCAUAAGGGCAGGAAGACUUAUAACUUUUCUCUUUGUUCUUCAAUGUGAAACUAAGACCGAGUCUCUCUCAGACAAAUGCAGUGUAUUUGAUGUUUGUAAGCGAAUCUAAGUGAGAUGUUUGGCAAGAAAUCCCUUAACUGAUUUCCAUCCAAACCUACUUAUAUAGCACAAUAUGAUGUGAUGUACAAUUACUGUGAGAACUGUGAAUAUGUGUAACUUUUUUUAGUAUUUGCCCUGGGGGAAGGGAAAGAUACUGUAUUAUCAUAUAUGCUUUUUUUUUUUUUUGCAAUAAGGGUUUAUUCUCAGAACACCAAGUAAAUCUAUCUCUAUAUUAAAAGAUAUAUGUAAUAUAUACAUAUUCAAACUAUAUACAGAGCCUGUUUUAAAAGAAAAUACAGUAUUAUUUAGUAAAACUAUCUGUUCUAUGGACCAAAUGUAAAAUAUUUAUAAAUGAAGAUGCAUUUUAAAUGUCUAUAAAUGGUGUCAUGGCUAAAGCACGGGCGUUAUGUAUGUUUCUAAGAAUCUAGAGGAAAAAUAAUAAAGGUUCUAUGA